AAUUGUUUGAGUUACUACUUCUCGUUACCACCUUAAGUUGGCGCUGGGCGGAUUUUCGGAUUCUGCUUAUUGACAUAUGGGUGAUUCUCUGUUUCACAAUUCGUCUGCAGCUCCAGAUGACGAAUAUGAUUACUUGAUUAAGCUUCUAGCCCUUGGAGAUAGCAAUGUUGGGAAGACAAGCUUAUUAUAUCAGUAUACCGAUAAUAUUUUCAACCCACGAUUUACAACAACUGUUGGUGUAGAUUUUCGUCAAAAACGAUUAGUUCGAGAAAGUCGUGAUUCUGAAGGUCUUUUAGGACCCAAACAACGCUUGCAUUUACAGUUAUGGGAUACUGCUGGACAAGAACGUUAUCGAAGUUUAUGCACUGUAUUUUUGCGUGAUGCAAUGGGAUUUUUAUUGGUAUUCGAUUUAACCAAUGAGAAUAGUUUUAAAAAUUGUCAUGCAUGGAUGAAUUUAUUAUGUGAUAAUGCUUACUGUGAUCGUCCAGAUGUAGUUCUUGUUGGAAAUAAAUUUGAUCUGACCUCUGAACGUCAAGUAUCCAUGUCCGCUGCUAAAGCAAUGGCUUGUGAUCUCAAUGUACCAUAUAUUGAAACAAGUGCAGCAACUGGUUAUCAAGUAAAUGAUGCAGUGGAUCGUUUAUUAGAUUUAGUUAUGACUAGAAUUGAAGCAUCAGUAACUAAAGCACGUAUACAUGGUAAUACAGAUGGUACAGCAAAUUUGAAAAAACCAGCAUCUAAAUCGAAUUGUAAUUGUUAAAUAAUUUAUAUAUAUAUUUGAAUGGAAUAAUAAAUAUGAUUACAAAUAUUAAAUUGUACUUUUCCUCAUGAUUUCAAAUUGUACUGUUUCUGUUGCAUAAAUUUCUACUGCAUGAACUUUCCCAGUCAACAUCUUGUUAUCUUGUUGUGUUGUAUUCUCUAUGUAUGUGUGUGUAUACUGUGCUAUCUCCAGACGUUUAUGAAAAUGAACUAACUGACCAACUAUAGCCUAAUUGUGCCAACAACAUACUUUUAAUUGUUUUACUCUGCUCCCGUUAAUGAUUGUGAUUCCGGCGAUGGAAAGAAAAGGAAAGAGUAUCUGUCCGAUGUACUGUCAUCCAAUCUAUUUUAAUCACAGUUCUGUACGUGUCUGUUUGUGUUCGUGUUUGUGUGUGUGUGUGUGUUAUGAUAAAAUUACCUCUUUCGUUUAUAUUGUACUACUACUCCACCAAUAACCAUUUCUAGAACAUUGACGUUUAUUGUACCAUGACAUCUGUUUAUGUACGUUAUCAAGAAACACAAGCAGAGAGAGCAUAACCAUGUCCUGUAAAAUUGUGAUAAAUUAUGACACAAGAAUAUCAACCCUGUGUGUUUGUAUGCAGUUCCAAUGUAUUUCUGUCGCUGGAUUUUCUCCUGUUGAAUAUGUGACUAUGUAAUGUUUACUCAGUGUCGUUGGUGUAUAUCACAAACUUCUUCAAUUUACUUCAUUCAUUCCAUUCAUUGUGUGAAUCUCAGUGAAUCUUUCAGUAGACAUUCCAUUUUCAUGUAUUUGUGUUACAUCGAAUGUUCUUUGUCUUUCGUUUUUCUUAAUCUACUACUGGUACUACUACUUAAAUAACUUGAUUAUUGUUAUCUUUAUUAUCAUACGUGAUGUAUAUUUUUCUACUUAACUGAAAAUGAUUCACUUUGCUAUUGGAAAUGUUUUCACUUGGGUUUUUUUUGUCUUGUCUUUUCCUUUUGUUGUCCUCCUGGUCCCUCGGUAUCCCAUAUGUCUAUGCUGUGUUAUUCAAUACUUUACUACUAAUAUAAUUGACUCUCAAUAUUAGUAUGAAUUGAUGAUUUGCUUUUUUGUGCUUUCUUCUUGUUUUGUUUUGCUUUUCUCAUGGUAAUAUUUCAAUUGUAAUAUAUAUGUAUUGUGUGUGUGUACGUCUUGGCUUCUUUUUUUUUCUUCUUGACUACUAGUCCAGUUUUCAUUGUUAUGUUUAUGCGUAGAAACUAAGAUUUGUUUUAUUUCCAAUGUAAUCUAAAUUGGGAUGGUGAGGAUCAAAAGAAAUGUAAUUUUUAACAGAAUAGUAUUAACCAUAUACUGACUUACUACCUCUACUACUACGGGAUUUCACUUGACAACGGCAUCUCUGUGCUAAUGCGGUAUGGCAACUCGAACUGAUGUACGUACGUACGAAGUUGUACGUUGUUACUGACUGACUCUCAUAUACUGAAGGCAUUGGCUUAUAUUUUGUAGAUCAUGGUCAUUAUUUUUUUUGUAUGAACAUGUUAAAUGUUAAUACUUGCUGAAAUGAA